AGAACCGGCGCAAAGAUUGAAGGGCAAUACGGUCAUUUCGUUAUCCUCAAACAGUGUAAAAGAGCUAGGGUUUCGCUCUCUUCUCCAACCCGAUAGACCUCCGCCGUCCUGCUUCCUCCGCCGCCGCCGUCGCGAUCUCAGUUUGUCAAUUAAGAGGAUUUGAAACUGUGCAAAGAACAGACCUGCAAACAUGAAGAAAAUGAUAGCCCUUGGUUUUGAGGGGUCAGCCAACAAGAUUGGCAUUGGGGUGGUCACUCUUGAUGGCGAUAUUUUGUCUAAUCCACGUCAUACCUACAUCACUCCUCCUGGACAAGGCUUUCUUCCACGAGAAACUGCUCAGCAUCAUUUCCAGCAUGUACUUCCUUUGGUCAAAGAAGCUCUGAAAACCGCCCAAGUGACUCCUCACGACAUUGACUGUCUUUGUUAUACAAAGGGUCCGGGCAUGGGAGCCCCUCUGCAAGUUUCUGCUAUUGUCAUUAGGAUCCUUUCACAGCUGUGGAAGAAACCGAUUGUUGCUGUUAAUCAUUGUGUGGCACAUAUUGAAAUGGGCAGGAUUGUGACCGGUGCUGAUGAUCCGGUUGUGUUGUAUGUAAGUGGUGGAAAUACACAGGUCAUUGCUUACAGUGAGGGAAGGUAUCGAAUUUUUGGAGAGACUAUUGAUAUUGCUGUUGGAAACUGCUUGGACAGAUUUGCUAGAGUCUUGACACUGUCCAACAAUCCUAGCCCUGGAUACAACAUUGAGCAGCUUGCCAAGAAGGGAGAACAAUUCAUCGAUCUUCCUUAUGUUGUCAAAGGGAUGGAUGUAUCUUUCAGUGGAAUCUUGAGCUUUAUUGAAGCUACUGCUGAAGAAAAGCUUAAAAAUAAUGAGUGCACCCCUGCAGAUUUGUGCUACUCUCUACAGGAAACACUUUUUGCAAUGCUCGUGGAAAUCACGGAGCGGGCAAUGGCACAUUGCGACAAGAAAGAUGUUUUGAUUGUCGGCGGCGUGGGUUGCAAUGAGCGGUUGCAAGGGAUGAUGAGAGUUAUGUGCUCGGAGCGAGGCGGCAAAUUGUAUGCAACCGACGAUAGGUACUGCGUUGACAAUGGUGCUAUGAUUGCAUACACCGGACUCCUCGCUUAUGCUCAUGGGACAUCAACUCCAUUAGAGGAGUCGACUUUCACCCAAAGGUUCCGCACGGAUGAGGUGCACGCGAUCUGGAGGGAGAAAGAGGAAUUGAAGAAAGCGAAUGGUGCUGCAGGCUAGAUGAGAUGCCUAGAUUAGUUUACGCAGCCGUAUAUAGCAGAAGAGACUGAAAGUAUAUAGCAGAAGAGACUGAAAGUAUAUAGCAGAAGAGAGACUGAAACUAGGAUUCCUAUUUAAUGCAGCAGCCUUUAAUUACAGAAAGAAAUGCUGUUUAUUAAUGCAGGAUGUUUACUUUAGCUUUUUGCACUUAAGUGAUAAAGAAUUAUUCAUUUUGACUGGGAAUUACUCCAAA